AAAAAUUCUCAUUUAUAUCAGAUUUGAUCGAAACUGAACCAAUUAUAUAGCACGUGUACAAACUAAUGUGGCAAGUGCUAAUGUGAAAAUUGGUGAAAUCAUAGACUAAAUUUUCCAUUCUAUACUACCAAAAUCAAUACACUUGCCAUAUAAUUAGUGUAUAAUUCAGGAAAAGUGAUCUAUCACAUGACAAAUGUCACUGUACUUGUCAUUUGAUUGGUGUAUAAUUCAAUCAAAGUGACUAAUUAUAUAACAAGUAUUUGAUGAGAAGAAGGGAAAACCCCUCCCGGCAAGAUCAAUAAAUAAGAAGCUUCGGCUUAGGGCGACCAAACCAAGCUCGAUUCGCUCCAAAUUCUCAUAGUACCUUCCUUGGGAAAAGUGACCCGUGUCUUUAGGUCGCUCCAAGCUCUACCGGAAUCGAGCAUACCUUGGGGCACGCGCUACAAAAUGAAGAUCCGGCAUCCUAAUUCUGCACCUUACAGGCCACAACAAAUGAAUGGGGCAGUUGAGGCAAAAAAGAAAAAGAUCAAAAACAAGAAUAUUCUUUUAGAAAUAGCAAUUACAUACGGGGACUGACAUGAAAUGCUCCCAUUCGCUCUCCAUGCUUAUCGUACGUCAGUAAGAACUUCAAUCGGGGCAACCCCAUACUCAAUAGUGUAUGGAAUGGAGGCGGUCUUCCACUUGAUUUGUAAUUAAUUUAAUUCGAUCAAACCUGAUUUGCGUAAAAAAAAUAUUCCCAGCCUACUAUACAUGGAAAAUUUAAAUAUGUGGUUUAACCAUUGUUCACAAUAAAACCAAACAUCUGUCGCACACUUGGACUGCUACAAUGUGCUUGGUUUUAGCUGCGGUUGAGGCUUAGAUCCACUCUACACUAACCAAACCAACCCCUCCCCAACCCCACUGUCUUUUCUUUCUAGCUUUCGUCUGCAGCAUCAUGACACUAUUCUACAUACCUAAUGGGACACACACACAUAUAUAUGGUUUCAACUGUGCAGCGGCUAUUCAUACACUACAGAGACAGAGAGAGAGAGAGAGAGAGAGAGACAGGAACAGAACCUGAACAUGUGAUUCGUUUUCUUGAUCUCAUAAGUGAAGAAACUUCUGUCCGCUCCGUGUCACUGUCUGUUUAAGUCUAUAUAUAUAUAUCAACUACGUUUGAUGACUUUGUCUGAAUUUUGUUGCAGAAAAAGCUACAAUUCCCUGUUUCUCUGUAGCCUCUUAUGGGCGUUUCUGGGCUUCUGUCAUUCUUCUGCUUUUGCGUUUUCUUGAUUUGUGAAAUUGCAGUGGCUACAGAAACUGCUGCUAACUCGACGCACAGUCCGGUGGCGCCGCCGCCUCCAGCGGCGGCGUUUGACGGAGCAAUAGCCAACGCGUUCAAGCCCAGUAUAGUAAUCGUUGUGGGGAUUCUUACAACCAUUUUCUCGAUUACGUUUCUGUUGCUUCUGUAUGUGAAGCAUUGCAAGAGAGAGAUAUACGAGAGCAGCAAUUCCAGGGGGCGGCCGCUGUCCAGGGGGAACUCGGGAAUCAACAGGAAAGUCAUCGAAUCGCUGCCGAUGUUUCGGUUUUCGUCUCUAAUGGGCCAGAAAGACGGCCUGGAAUGCGCGGUCUGCCUGAACAGAUUCGAGCCCGAAGAGGUUCUCAGGCUGCUGCCGAAAUGCAAGCACGCGUUCCACGUCGAGUGUGUGGAUACCUGGCUCGACGCCCACUCCACGUGCCCGCUCUGCCGGUGCCGGCUUCACCCGGAAGACAUCCUCCUCGUCGAUCAGUUUACGCCGCGGAGCAGCGAUCACAGGAAGGGAAGGGAACACGAGAACACGAGAAUCUCAGGCCGCCAUUCUUCUGCCGGGGAAAGAGGAAGUUCCCUGGGAAUUAUCGUGGAAAAUCCGGGAAGCGAUGAUUCCAGGGGCAGGAUUUCAUUGGAUAGCUGGAGAUCCAGGAGGAAAACAGGGAACCCCGCAUCGGAAAACAAGGGGAGAUCGUCGGGAAGCUGGAAAUCAUCCAGAAAAGACGGGCCCGUGUCGGAUAGCUCGACAGCAUCCAGAAAAGACGGGCAGCUGCCUGUGCAAGGAGACGGGCACCGCUUGGAACACCGGAUCAUAAUAUCCGGGGCCGGGGAAGCAGAGGAGGAAGAGGGAAGGCGGUGGAGCGACGUUCAGGCGUCGGAAAUUCUGUACCUGAGAUCAGAAAUGAUACUGGGAGGGGAGGAGGGGAGCGGCAGGGGAGAAAUUAAUGAGAGAAGUGUGUCGGAAAUAACCGGGGUGAGUAGGUACAGGAACAAUAAUGGAAGGAAGGAGGGGAGAGAGAGACAGGAAGAAGCAGUUGUAAAAAGGUGGUCGGAUUGGAUUUCACAGUCCCAACACCAGGAGCAGAAGACAGCUGUGAACUCUGCCAUUUCUGCUGCCGCUGCCUCUUCCUCAUCCGCUGUUGUUUAAUUAGUGUAGAUCAUGAUUCUUGAUUUCUGCUAUGGUGAUAGAGGUUGAAUGAAAAAUUCUUACUCAAAACAUAUUUGAUCAAAUCAAAUUAAUUGAAUGUGUGGUCACUUUCUUGAAAUCGUACGUCAAUCACGC